GGAUUCUAGAGAUAUGGAUAUGCUCACGCGGAUUAUGAGUUAAUAUAUAAUUUGCUCUGCUCACACGGUAUAUAAUUUGUUUUCGUUUCUAUGCAAUCCAUUGUAUAAUGGAAUCUCGGUUGUUGACAAUUGUAUUAAAAGGAUCAAUACAAUAUUGAGUUUAACAAGUACAAAAAUGAUAUCAAAAAACAAAACUUCAGCUUUAAAAAAGAAUAAAAACAGAAGUUCAAAUUCCGUGAAGAAAUAUUUUGAAUAUUCAAAUGAAUAUGAAAAUAUCAAAUGGCCUUGGAUUCAAGAAAUUGAAAAAACUGGCGACCUUAUAUAUAUUGAAAAUCAAGUUUCAUAUGGCUCACUAAGUGAAGCACCUGAUAUUAGUGAAAGUAAUUUGUUCCGUUCGUUGAGGGAACAAAGUGUACCGCAAAUAAUUAAGCAUGCCAUAAAAAAUACACCUUUAUUUGCAAGGAGAGGUUUAAAAGAAGAACAAAAUGAUGGUAAUCUAAAAAGCAGGCGAAAUAGUAUACAUUUCCAUCCAUCAUUUUCAAAAAGUAAAAAUAACUUAGAGGUUGUGGGUACUAAAGCAUUUAGAAAAGAUAUAAUCAUUCCCUUAACUACAAAACUUGCUCCUGGGUUUAUAGAUUUAGAAAACAUGUUUGGUAUAAUUUCUGGUUUGGAGUAUGGCCAGGUUUUAAAUAAUGAAAUAACAUUAGAGGAUUACAGUGGAUCAAAAGAUUCUAUUCUUGUUCAGGGAAUAGUUCCAUCUAGUCAAACUUUUUUUUCAGAAGAUGUUUUUGUAGGUGAUGUUUUAGUAGCUGUUAAUGGAGAUGAAGUUGAUUGUAAUAAUUUAAGCAGAAAACUUGCCGAAGUUAAUGGACUACCAGAGGUUAAAUUAACAUUUGAGCGUAGCAUACCACAGGUAAACCUUAUGAAAAGUGCACUAGUGUCUCUUGUAUCUAAUAGAUAUGAGGAAAGUAUGCUUUUAAUACCAGAUGAAGUUUUUGCAAUUAUGGUUCUCACUCUUGAUGGUGAUGAAAAUAAACCAGACAGUGAUAUUGUGUAUUUUUAUCCUAAAAACAGCAGCAAUGCGUCAAAUACUUUGUUGCAUCAAGUUAGAGGAUUGUUUCUUACCUUGGAUGAUACAUUAGCUGACUUUAUUGGUGAUUCAGCACAUAGCUCAAUUAUAAAGAUUUCUUCAAGACAAGUUAAUGUUUGUUAUAAAAAAAUGAAUAGAAAUUUAUUUGUUGCUGCAAUUCCAGAUGAAAGAUGCUCUAUGUCAAAGCUUAUUAAGACUGUGAAAGGGUUUACAGAUUUACUACUCAUCACAAAUACUCAUUUUUCAAGUUUAGAAACCAACCAAAAGCAUUUAAUUGUUUUAUUGUUGGAGAAUAUAUUUAACAAUUACGAAACUGAAGUUUUAUUUGGUGAUGUUUGCCAGCUUCAACUUCCCAUGGAAUAUUAUACAGAUGUUGGAUGUGUAUUAAAUGAUUUAGAAUCUGCUGACUAUGGAGAAUGUAUUGACGAUUUUUUCCCUCAUAGAAGAUUAUACUUUUUCCUUGGAACUGCUCUAUUUUAUAAGGACAAUUUAAUAUGCAAUCAUUUAAAUUCACUUCAUUUGAAAAAAGUACUUCUACUUUGUAAGUACUAUGGUUUGUUUUUACUGCUAAGCAAAGAAAGAGUGAACAAAAUGGUUUAUUGGAAAGAAAUUUUUAUAUCAGAAGAUUUUAAAGAUGGUAACUAUAGAUGGUUUGUUCUUGCUGUUGGUCAGGGUCAUAGUAUGUUAGUAACUCUUCUUGAGGCUGGUAGCAUUGCAUCUUUACCAAAUGGUAAUCCAGGACCACAUCCGUAUUAUGUUGAUGCAACCUCUUCAAUUUUAUCAUACAUUCUUGAAACAAUGAAUUUAGAAAGUUUCUGUGAGCUCAGACUAAACCAAACAUCUUUUCCAUCUGUUGGAAAACCAUUAAACUUAUCAGAGACCACUCAUCUUUUUGAGAACAACUUAUAUAGAAUGAAUUCAGAAGAUGAACAGUACGGCAACAACACUUCCCAUAUGAGCCAUUCAAAAAGUCUUGGAUCAUUUAGUGAUGUAUCUUAUAUCUCUCAGGGAUCUGCUACAUCACCUGGAUCAACUAAACUAGCAUUUCAAGCCAUUAAUUUGUUUUACCAUAUUACAUUUAAGCGCAAGUCUGCAGUUUUUAUUUCAUCAAAUAUUUGUGAUCCAUUAGAUACACUUUUUACAGAUGUUUUACGUCUAUUUCUGCUUUUUAGUGAAGAAAUUCAUAAAUGCUUUGUAGAAAGGACCCAGGUGAUUGAAAAAGGUGUAAUGUUUAAUGUUUUGUCAACGAAAGGAGCAGCGAUGAAAAAGGACUCACCGAAUAUGGUUUUUUGGGUAGUUGGGCGUUUGGUAAAAAGAGGAAAAGAUAAUGACGAGGAGAUAUUUCUUUGUUAUCAAGAUGGUGUACCACAAAAUGCAGUUGAAAUGGCAUUUAAUAUGCGAUUCGGGUCCUACUGGUAAUAAAAUUUGUUAUAUCAGAUAAGCUUGACAAAACAAUGGAUAAUCAUAGGCAACACUUGGCGACAUAACGCUCAGCAGUGAAUACACAAUGUAUGGUCUUAUUGAUUACUUUUUAUUAAUAUAGACAUGGGCUGUUAUAAUUGUUAUUAGUUAAAGUUACAAUGCAGUAUAAUUAGUUGUCUUGCAGAAGAUUAUAAUUUGUAGAUGCUGUUGGAAGCUUCCCGGUGGGAAAUGAGCUAGCGACUAGCGAGAGACUAGCUAACUUUAUAGCGAUUCUCUAGCGAUUUUUUUUUCCUAUUUUAUUAUUUCCUAAUAUCUUUAAUAUCUUUAAAAAUUCGAUUUUUAGUGUUGAAUCUAUUAUAAUUAUGAGGAUAAUUGAACUUUAAACAUUGCGAUUUUGUAGCAAUGUGUCGCUAGCUACAUUUCGUAGCUUUGUAGCUAGCUACAAAAUAUCUACAAAUCUAUAGCUGGUUGAUAGCUACAAAUCAAAUUUUUUUAGACAACGACUUUAUUACAAUAUGAUGCUAGUUACAAUAGCCAGUGGAUCUUUAGCUUAUUAAGCUGGCUGUCCUCUUAGCCAAAUGUCUGUUUUUAUCUUUACAAAUAUCAAUAGCUUUUCGAUAACUUAAAAAAGCUAGUGAUCCUCGUGGCCAAAUUGCUGUCUUUAUCGUUACGAUUAUAGCUAGCUAUUCGCUAGCCGAUUUCCCACCGGGUUGUGUAUUAGUAUAAAAAAUUCAUAGACAUGUAUAAUAGAAUGAUCGUUAAAA